CCCUCAAGCGGUUUGUUUUUGUUGGUUUUAGUGCCCGGUCUUUAGCUAACCGCUAGCUAACUAGUUAGCUAUGUGACACGCUAGCUUUAUAGGUUAGCUAAGCUAGCUACCAACCACACGGCGAGCAGGAGGACUUGAGUGAGCCGUUUGUUUCCACACUCACUCACUCUCCCUCACACGCACACACGCACACACAGAGGGAAAGAGGCGAGAGAAGCAGAGAAGCCCCCCUUCUCCCCUCCUCUUCCUCCUCUCUUCUUCUUCCUCCUCCUCUUCCUCCUCUUUUCCCCUCCUCUUCUCUGGCGAGUUGAACGUGAAUACAUUAGCAGAGCGAGGGCGCCUUUUGUUGAGGCAAGUGCCCGUUUCCAUCCGUGUGGACGGCGGAGUGAUUUUUUUUUUUUGCUGGACCGGAUGAAGUGAUACCGUUUACCCUGCGGGCUCGUGCCUCUCGCUGUUUUUUCUAGAGGGGGUGUUUUUUAUUGUGUGUUUUCUGGCUCAGGCCGGCAAGUUCGCCCCGCAGAUACGGAUUAUACCUCUUUCGUUCGCGGCGCUGGAGUGGAAGUUAGCCGGGCAGACUGGAGACUAUAGCGGCUCUUCUGAAACACUGGGGUUGUUGGUGUGGCCAAAUUUUCCCUGGGUUUGCUUGGUAAAUUCAGAAGACUGAAGCCCAGGCUCACAGUCUACCUUUCACGGAGGCCCAGCCGUGAGAGGACAGAGGAAGGCACGUGGCGAAUCAUGACUGCCGACAAAGAGAAAGACAAGGAGAGGGAGAGGGAUCGCGACCGAGACAGAGAGCGGGACAAGCGCGAUAAGGCACGCGAAAGCGAAAGCUCGCGGCCCCGGCGCAGCUGCACGCUGGAGGGCGGAGCCAAGAACUACGCGGAAAGCGAGCACAGCGAGGACGAUGAUAAUGAGGCGGCCGGCGGAGCCACGGCUGAGGAGGCCACCAAAAAGAGCAAGAAGAAGCUGCCCAAGAAGAAGUCGCGCUACGAGCGCACGGAGACGGGCGAGAUCACCUCCUUCGUCACAGAAGAUGACGUCGUUUACAGACCUGGAGAUUGUGUGUACAUAGAGAGCCGGCGGCCCAACACGCCCUACUUCAUCUGUAGCAUUCAGGACUUUAAACUGAGUAAACGGGACCAUCUGUUAAUGAGCGUGAAAUGGUACUACCGCCAGUCUGAGGUACCUGACUCUGUCUACCAGCACUUAGUCCAGGACCGCAACAAUGAGAACGACUCUGGUCGGGAGCUGGUAAUUACUGACCCUGUGGUAAAAAGCAGAGAGCUCUUCAUCUCGGACUACGUGGACACCUACCAUACUGCAGCCCUCAGGGGAAAAUGUAAUAUUGCCCACUUUUCGGACAUUUUUGCUGCCAGGGAAUUCAAACCUCGAAUCGACUCCUUUUUCUACAUUUUAGGAUACAACCCAGAGACUAGGCGAUUAAACAGCACACAAGGGGAGAUUCGAGUAGGACCCAGUCACCAGGCCAAGCUCCCGGAGCUGCAACCCUUUCCCUCUCCUGGAGGUCAUCCUGUGACUGAAAAUGAAGAGCUUGUCUGGAUGCCUGGGGUCAAUGACUGUGACCUGCUUAUGUACCUGCGGGCAGCCAGGAGCAUGGCAGCAUUUGCAGGGAUGUGCGAUGGAGGAUCAACAGAGGAUGGGUGCCUCGCUGCCUCACGAGAUGACACUACACUCAAUGCAUUAAACACUCUACAUGAGAGCAGCUAUGAUGCAGGGAAGGCCCUACAGCGACUGGUGAAGAAGCCUGUGCCCAAGCUGAUUGAGAAGUGCUGGUCCGAAGAUGAAGUGAAACGCUUCAUUAAAGGGUUGAGGCAGUACGGCAAGAACUUCUUCAGGAUUCGGAAAGAGUUGCUACCAAACAAGGAAACGGGAGAAUUGAUCACUUUUUACUAUUACUGGAAGAAAACCCCAGAGGCUGCUAGCUCCCGAGCCCACCGCAGACACCGCAGACAACCAGUCUUCCGCCGAAUCAAGACCCGCACCGCCUCCACGCCUGUCAACACUCCCUCUCGCCCUCCUUCCAGCGAGUUCUUGGACCUGAGCUCAGCCAGUGAGGAUGACUUCGACAGUGAGGACAGCGAGCAGGAGCUGAAGGGCUACGCUUGCCGCCACUGCUUUACCACCACCUCCAAGGACUGGCACCACGGGGGCCGUGAGAAUAUCCUGCUGUGCACCGACUGCCGCAUCCAUUUUAAGAAGUACGGUGAGCUCCCCCCCAUCGAGAAACCUGUGGACCCGCCGCCGUUCAUGUUCAAACCUGUCAAAGAGGAAGAGGAUGGACUCGGUGGGAAGCAUAGCAUGAGGACUCGACGGAACCGCGGGCCGAUGUCGACGCUACGAAGUGGCCGAAAGAAGCAGACAGCAAGUCCAGAUGGCAGAGCCUCCCCGACCAAUGAGGACCUGCGGUCAAGUGGCCGUACCUCCCCUAGUGCAGCCAGCACCUCCAGCACUGACAGCAAGACUGAUUCAAUGAAGAAACCCAGCAAGAAGAUAAAGGAGGAGGCGCCAUCGCCUAUGAAGAGUGCCAAACGCCAGAGAGAAAAGGGAUCCUCAGACACAGAGGAGCCAGAGAGGGCCAACGCUAAGAAGUCAAAGACUCAGGAACUGAGUCGACCUGACUCACCUUCAGAAUGUGAGGGAGAAGGCGAGGGUGAGAGCUCAGACGGUCGCAGUGUAAAUGAUGAGGGCAGUAGUGACCCUAAGGACAUUGACCAGGACAACCGCAGCUCCUCUCCUAGCAUCCCCAGCCCACGUGACAAUGAAAGCGACUCGGACUCGUCUGCACAACAACAGGUCCUUCAGGGCCAGCACCCUCCUGUCAUCCAGUGCCAGGCAGGAGCUCUGCCACCAACGGCCUCUUCUUCCACAGCCACAGCACCCACACCCCCUACGUCAGGGGCACCGGCGCUACCCUCCCAGGUGUCUCCGUCCAUCCCCCCCACCUCCAUGCCUCCUCAGCAGAUACCUCCAACAGGCCCGCUUCCUCACAUCCAGUCUGGAGCGGCGCUGCACCCUCAGAGGCUUCCCUCACCUCACUCGCCAAUGCAGGGCAUGCCACAGCCGCCGGCACCCUCUCAGACCGGCCCCCAGCCUCUGCAGCCUCCACUACAUGGCCCCAUGCCUCCCAUGGGCCACCCUCUGCAAACAGGGCCCCAUUUGCCUCACCCUCAUUCCCUACCUCCACAGUCUUUCCCUCACACUCAGUCUCAGGUUCCUCCGUCUCCAUUAUCAGGCCAGGCGCUAGUCUCAUCCCUGUCUCAACAACAGCAGCCUCACACUCCUCCAUCACAGUCACAGCAGUCCUCCUCACAAAGCAGUGGGCAGCCGUCUCGAGAGCAACCCCUGCCCCCGGCACCCAUGUCCAUGCCCCACAUCAAACCUCCACCCACAACCCCUAUUCCACAGAUGCAAAAUCCUCAAUCACACAAACACCCCCCACACCUCUCUGCACCUCCUUUCCCACAGAUGCCUUCCAACUUGCCCCCGCCGCCUGCCUUGAAGCCACUCAGCUCACUGUCCACGCAUCACACACCCUCAGCCCACCCGCCUCCACUGCAGCCUAUGCCUCAGCAGCUGCAGCCUCCCCCUGCGCAGCCUCCAGUUCUCACCCAGUCCCAAACAUUGCCUGCCUCAAGCAGUCAUGCGCCUCCUCCAGCACCACCUUUGCCCCCUUCAGCUGCCUCUUCGCAUCCAACGCCUUCCCAGCCAACUUUCCCUCCUCAUCCUUACAUCCCAGGUGGCUCAGCAUCUAUCCCACCCUCUUCCGUUCCUUCCUCUGUGGCGGGACCCCUGGCUGCACUGCAGCAACCACCUUCUUCCAUCUCUAUGCCUCUGCCUGCUUCAGUCAGCGCACCCUGCCCAGGACCCUCCACUGUGCCCCCUGUGCAGAUUAAGGAAGAGCCUCUGGAUGAAGCAGAAGAGCCAGAGAGUCCCCCACCUCCACAGAGGAGCCCCUCGCCAGAGCCCACAGUCGUCAACACACCUAGCCAUGCCAGCCAGUCUGCACGGUUUUAUAAGCAUUUGGACAGAGGCUACAACACAUGUGCGAGAACAGACUUCUACUUUACUCCAUUGCCAUCGUCGAAGCUGGCCAAGAAGCGGGAGGAGGCACUAGAGAAAGCGAAGAGGGAAGCUGAGCAGAGAGCACGGGAAGAGAAAGAGAAGGAGAGGGAACGAGAGAAAGAGAGAGAAAGGGAACGGGAACGAGAGAAGGAGGCUGAGAGAGCUGCUAAAGCAUCCAGUUCUUCUCAUGAGAGCCGGAUGGGAGAGCCUCAGAUGGCAGGACCUGCUCACAUGCGGCCGCACUUCGAUCCUCCUCCCACCACCAUCGCUGCCGUUCCUCCUUACAUUGGGCCAGACACACCUGCCCUGCGCACGCUCAGCGAGUAUGCCCGGCCCCAUGUUAUGUCCCCCACCAACCGCAACCACCCAUUCUUCAUGUCACUUAAUCCCACAGAGCCCUUGCUGGCAUACCACAUGCCUGGCCUGUACAACGCAGACCCUGGCAUGCGGGAGCGUGAACUGCGAGAGCGGGAGAUGCGCGAGAGGGAGAUCCGUGAGAGGGAGCUCAGGGAAAGGAUGAAGCCUGGCUUUGAGGUCAAACCCCCUGAGCUGGACAGCCUGCACCCCUCCACAAAUCCCAUGGAGCACUUUGCCCGACACGGGCCCAUCGGUUUGCCGCCUAUGGCCGGCCACCCUUUCGCCUCCUUUCACCCGGGUCUGAACCCUCUGGAGAGGGAGCGGCUGGCGCUGGCAGGACCCCAGCUUCGGCCAGAGAUGACCUACCCCGAGCGCCUGGCAGCAGAGAGACUGCAUGCUGAGAGGAUGGCCUCAGUGGCCAAUGACCCCAUUGCCAGGCUGCAGAUGUUCAACGUGACGCCGCACCAUCACCAGCAUUCGCACAUCCACUCACACCUACAUCUGCAUCAGCAAGACCCACUGCACCAAGGUGGUGGUGAAUGUCUUGUGUGUCCCCCAGGUUCUGGGGCACAUCCGCUAGUUGACCCGCUGGCUGCUGGACCCCACCUGACCCGCUUCCCCUACCCGCCCGGCGCCAUCCCCAACCCCCUGCUCGGACAGCCACCACACGAACACGAGAUGCUUCGGCACCCUGUGUUUGGUACCCCAUACCCUAGAGAAUUGCCAGCGGGUUUGCCGCCACCCAUGUCAGCAGCACAUCAGCUGCAGGCUAUGCAUGCGCAGUCUGCAGAGCUGCAGAGACUGGCCAUGGAGCAGCAGUGGCUGCACGGACACCACCACAUGCACGGGGCCCCUCUGCCUGGUCAGGAGGACUACUACAGCCGGUUGAAGAAGGAGAGCGAUAAGCAGCUGUGAUCGUGAGAGGGAUGUGACAUCGCAGAGGUCUGCAGGACACAGGAGGUCGCUUCAGAACAGUCACAGAAAAGGAUCUUGUGUGUCCUUGGAACAUUUUUAGUUUGCAGAAGAACAGAAAAGUGACACGGAUCGUCUGAAGACCUUUUUUUUUCUGUUGUCAGCUUUCUUUACUCUUAUGGACAUUUUUAUUUUCUAAAAACAUUGACUUCAUUUUUGGUAUAUAGCGUUCGAGUAGUGACAACGUCCUCAAGACUGAUUGUGACUUUCCUGCAUGAACAUCCUCUGAGAAGCUUUCCUGACGUUUUUGUAGGUGCUAGAAUACCAGACACUUUGUCACUGUGCUUAUUCAAAAAGAGGAAGAGAACAGUUGGGCCAUUAUAUCUGAAAAGUGCUAUCUUAAAUUCAAUGUUUAUUUUAAUACAUUGUAGGAGGUUUUCAUAAUUUUAAGAAAAGCUGCAGCAUGGCAUUUUUUGAGUCUGUAAAUAGUAUAUAUAUAAAUAUAUAUAUAUACAUAUGAUUAUUAUUAUUAUAAUUAUUAUUAGGUGUGGAUUCCUAACCGAGUUGUUAGACCUCCGAUAUAAUAGUUUUGAAGCAUCAUCCCUUGUUUCAGAGGGGAACGAGAUGGCAUUAUUUGAACAGGUAGCCGUGUCAGGUGGUUUUGCGGUCCACAAAACGGGGUCGCUGGGAGAACGGUACCAGAUUUUUAUCCACACACAUUUUAAGGUGAACGCUCAAGUUGAGCUGCUUUGUGUCCCAUAGGCUGUCGGCGACAAACACGCCCCACACCUACACCCAUUCAUCAUGUCAUGCCCAUCUUCGUUUUGCUUUUAUGGUUGGAUUUAGGAGGUGUAGUUAUAGAUAUGAGGAAGGUUAAAGAGUUAAAGGGUUUGACGGUUGUGCACGAGGGCUUAACACCCAGAUCCUUUUGAAAAGCCAAAAUUGCACUGAAUAACAUUGAAAGGAUGUUAAAUGUUGAACUCGAAAUUGGUUUUACGUGAAAUGAUAAUGUGAACGAGUGCAUUUUAACGUAUUUGUCUUUCUUCUGUGUACCAAAGUGAAGACGCGGAAAUUCGUAAUCUUUUAUAAACGUGAAUUGGGAUCAGAUCUUUUACAUGGAACUUUGUGAAAGUACUUAAACAAAACCAGUCUCUCAAUUAUGAUGCCUUUUUUCCUCAGUUUUUUACUUUUUACAGUUUUUUUUUAAAUAGUCAGUAGGUGCUAAUGGCAAAAGAUGGCACUGCAGUCAAGCCCACCUCCAUUGCGAGACUUCUAAUUCAGUCAUUCUCACUGUGAUAACGCGAAAGGUUUUCAGCAGAAGAUGGAUAAAGAGCUUUGAACAACAGUUCCAUGUAUAUGUAUGUAUGUAUGUAUGUGUGUGCAUGUUUGCAGUAGAGGAGAUGAACGUUACACUGCAGCUUCUCUCUGCAUUCCUCACACUGCAUUUCCACCGUAAAGCCUGGCCAGUCCUGGUCUCUCUUUCUCUGUUAUGACGGACGGGGCUGUGCGAUGGCCAUCGUGGACCGUUACAUGCAGUAUUCGCUGUUUUUAUGUCAGAUCAGAUUCAAUCACCCCACACUCAUCAAGGUCAUUUUACAUCCUCAAAGAAUUUUAUGUCUAUGAAUACUGAGUCAUUGCUGCAAGUUGUUUGUUUUUAUUUGGAAUUUAAAUAAUACUUGAUAAGACAGUACUGUUUCCCAAGAUACCGUUUUUUUUUUGUUUUGUUUUGUUUUGUUUGUUUUUUUGCACAGAUUCCCACUUUGACAGUACAAGCCCAAAUCAGGCCUCCCCCUCCCCUACCCCCCCUCACUUGGACUCUACCGUCUACCUGUCUCCGUCUCUCUAUGAUGUGAACUACAUUCUGAUUUUGUUUCCAGCAUUUUCUCCCUUUUGUCCCCUUUUUGUGUCUUAAACCUUUGAUGUUGAGUGUUGUCAAUGGUUUAGCUUCUUGUUUCAAAGCGGCAAUAGCAGAAUGUAAAUUCUGACUGCUAAGAUUUAUAUAUACUGGUAUCUUGAAGCUUAUUGUAUAUAUUAGUAGUCGCCAUGGGAUGACACAAUGUAAACAAAAAGUAGAAAUAAUUAAAAAGAAAUUGUGAGUCCUGUGUUCUCCCCAUUUGAGUAUUUUGUAAUUUUUUUGAAAAAUUUGUGGAAUUAAAAUAAAACUAAGUUACACCACAAGAA